UACAAGUGCCAUAACUGUUUUGCCGAGCCAAUAUUCUGUACAAAGUGCUGCCGGACACAACAUGCAAGGCUCCCUUUCCACCGGAUGAGUCAAUGGAAUGAAGAUUUCUUUGAUAGAACUACACUCACUAAGCUAGGUGUAGAGAUCCAUCUUGGUCAUGGAGGACAGCCUUUGCCCCAACCAUAA